AAAUUGUUUCCUCUCACGACGCCAAAUCACUAUCGCUGAAACAUGGCGGCCUCCAUGAGAGUAGUUGGAUUGUCACUUAGUAGAUCUAGUAAUAGUUUUAAGACAGUGUAUGUUUCACAGCGAUGUUAUCUUUCAGCAGAAGCUGCUACAAAGGUGCCUCAUGAAAAUACUGCCAGACAAAUGCAAACAUUUGCUUCAUUGCAAACAGAAAGGCAAGAGGAAGCAUCUAGGACUGUUUUAAUUAACUGUCCAAAGGGAGUCAAUGAGAAGAAGUUUAUCAAAUACUUAUCGCGUUAUGGGACAGUUAAGAAGUACUUUUUCUAUGAAACAUAUGGACCACAUGCAGUUGUGGAAUUUUCUGAACUCGAAAGUGUAAUGUCAUUACAGGCUGAGUCCACUAUCGCUGCUUCUGAACAUGAAUGUGCGGUUCCUUUUAAAUCUAGACUGUUUUCUUUAAAGCUAAGUAAUCCAAGAGAACAGCCUGCUGCUUCACGUCCACUUGUUCACAUCUCAAGACAAUCUACCAUUCCCAUCAAUGAACUUGUUGAGAAGCUUUCACUUUCAGGGAGUAUAGAUCAGCAGUUGAACACCCUUACUGAAGAGUACCAGCUUACUGAAGAGAACAUUCGACUCCGAUUUCUUGUGUGUUCAUUAGUAAAAGAUAUUACUUCAGCAUAUUUUCCAGAAUGUUCUGUGAAACCUUUUGGCUCUUCUGUAAACAGUUUUGGAAAGCUGGGCUGUGACUUGGAUAUGUUCUUAGAUUUGGAUGGUAUCAGCGGGAAGAACACAGGAAAGGCAUCCAGUCCCUUUGCAAUAGAGUUUCAGAUGAAGAGAGUUCCUUCGCAAAGAAUAGCAACACAAAACAUUCUUUCAGUGAUUGGCGAAUGUAUUGAACAGUUUGGACCAGGAUGUGUGGGAGUGCAAAAAAUCCUCAAUGCUCGCUGCCCAUUGGUGAGGUUUUCCCAUCAGCCUUCAGGAUUUCAGUGUGACUUAACGGCAAAUAACAGAAUUGCAAUAAAGACUUCUGAACUGCUGUACAUAUAUGGAAACUUAGACCCUCGAGUAAGACCACUUGUUUUCAGUAUAAGGUGCUGGGCCCACAUUCAUGGGAUUACCAGCAGGAUCCCAGGUGCAUGGAUCACUAACUUCUCUUUAACCAUGAUGGUCCUGUUCUUUUUGCAGAAAAGGAAUCCUCCUAUCAUACCGACCUUAGACCAAAUGAAAAAUAUUGCAGGUGCAGAAGACAAAUGUACCAUAGAGGGGCAUGACUGUACAUUCAGCUCUGAUCUAAGCAAAAUGAAACUUGCGCAGAACACUGAAAUGCUAGAUAAUCUUCUGUUGGAAUUCUUUACAUUUUAUGGUAACUUUGCUUUCAGUAAAGCGUCUAUAAAUAUUAGAAAGGGAAAGGAGCAAAAUAAACCAGAAUCUUCACCAUUGCAUAUUCAGAACCCAUUUGAACAGGAGCUUAAUAUUAGCAAGAAUGUUAAUCAAUCUCAGCUCGAGAGGUUUGUGAAUCUUGCCAGAGACAGUGCCUGGAUGUUACAGCAGGAUACCGUUUGUAGUCCAUCACGGUCAGAAUCACAUCCCUGGGGACUGGCAGCACUGCUUCUUUCUUCAGCAUUACAAAGUGGCAGUAAGGGCAAAAGACGAAAACAGAGAGAGCCUGCAAGUGAAAGAAUCAAAUUCUUGUUGGAGUCCUUAAAAACAAAGCAAACAAACAAAAGUGACUUAAAUUUAUCACACAGCAAUGGAAAGAAUUCUGCUACAGAGUCAUGAUCACAACCAAUGUUUAUAAACUUAUUUUAAGGAAAACUGCUUCAGAAUCCUGACUUUAUUGUACACUGUUAAAUACUGUAGUUCUGAACUUGCAGAUGUCAGACCUGAUUUAAUUGACGCUGUAAAAAGCUGUUGUGACAGCACACCUGGCUUAAUGGUUGCAAAACGUGUUGUCUGCUUUUGACUGCAUGUCAGAGAGCAGUAUCAGAAAAUUAGUUUACUGAAAGGAAAGGAGGCUGAGGUCUUCAUUGUUGUCUACAAGUUAUAUUUCUGGAAAGAAUAAAUGGUUUUGUAACCGAUCAAGGAAAUGUUCUCUCACUUGAUCCUCUGUAGUCUUCAUAGUAGGACAACAGUACUGCAGUGAGAAUAUCAUCCUUGUGAGGCAAGCAGAGGUACCAGCAAACUUCUUUUUCUGUUGCAGAGCUGGUUUGUACUUCAGUAUUCUGAAAGUCCUGCCUAAUUCAUUGUCAACAUGCAAUGCCUUUUCCCCACUAAGUUCCCAUUAGCUUAGUCAACAUUUUUGUGACAUCACACACACUACCAAGAUUAUCCUUAUGUGAUAACCUUGACAGAUAUAAAUGGGCACAGUAAUACUGCUAAUGGUAGACUCCCAACAAUUGGUACCCUUCCUGGCUGGAAUAUCUUCACUGAACUGUGCAUUAAAGCCAUUUUAUAUGGGACCUUCCAUGUGAUUAACAGCACCUACAGGCCAGAGGAGCAGGAUCAUUAAAAUGAGGCUUUACUGUAGCAGCCAUGUUUGCUUGCUUUGCUUAGGAGAUGCAUUUGUAAUGAAUUUGUUUUUAAAAUAUCUGCCUAAUUUAAAAAUGAAAACAGUCCUUUUAUACCUCCUUAUGUACUAUUCCAUCCGUUUGACUUCUCAUGUCCAUUCCUAAGCUUAACGUGCAAAUGGAAAGCUUAACUAUAGCAAGGUCAGUGCAAUUCCUGCUAAGAAACAUCAAGUCUCUUGAUAGUUUUGUAAAUUUAGGUACUUUCCUCCUCAUUGUGUGUUUAAGCCAUUGAUUUUUAUAUGUGAUAUUUUUUAUAUUUUUUUUAUCUUGCAGCCAGAUUUUAUGAAAGAAAAAUGCAAAGUGCAACACUGGUAAACAAAGGCCUGUAACACCCCAUCCCCCAAGAAAAGCAGCGGGUUGACAACUGAAACAAAACUAACAGCUGAACAAACUUGUAUACUGUUGUAUACUCUAAGCAAAAGGAAACAAAUGCAUUGUCUAAGAUGCAGUCAUUUGAGAUUAAUUUUGCACCUAACAGAGUCCUCAAAAUUAACUGCAUUUAAUAAAUUCGUAAAACUUUAAGCUCCUCUGUUUUGAUGCUGCUGUUAAAUGGGAAUCAUAAUAUCUCUCCUUCUCAUAUAUGUAUGUCUAGUGUAUUUGAAGACAACUGAGAUAGCAUGUUUUCCCUUGACCUCUUGCACUCAGCAUAACAUUGAUAUUCAAGCAUGAUUGGCGUGUGACCAACUUUAAGAUGUAUGUUAAUAUGGUUAAGGGGUAGUGUUGGUUGUUGGAAAUGAUCAGUAUAGUGCUAUAUGAUCUUGAAAAUUUGCCUUAAUAUAGGCUUUGGUCUUACUUUAAGGAAGACUUUUGCAGAAGUGUAGCAGUUGGAAGGAAUCCUAAGCAGUCCUGUUCAACUAAUCCAAGGAUGGUAGACUGCUACGAUCUGAUCCUCUGCAGAGUUGCUAUACCAAAACCUGCCCUGCUUUUAGACGGGGCAUGUAGCGUGUAGCAUUUUGACAGUAUGUAAAUGUAUUUCUAGCUUUCUGAACAAUAACAUUCGUAAAAUAAGCAGGGACAGCAAUAGCUGUAGCAGAAUAUGCCUUAAUAGUUUGUGUCACAGUAGCUUAUCUUCUAAGCAAGAUGGAGUUUGGAUUGAUUAAAAAAAAAUCAAGUUGCUUGGGUCAGUCAGAGUUAUAUUUUUCUGGUAAAAAUAUCUCUCUUCAUAUUUACCUAAAAAGGUGUAUAAGAAAAUGAUCAUGAGUCUUGUACCCCCGUUAACAUUAAAAGUAGCUUCUGGUUAGAACAGGAGCUGAGGUGGUAUCACUGGAUCAAUGAAACUGAAGCAGUUUAAUUGGCAUUUAAGAUACAGCUACACUGGUAUGUCAUGUGGGGACAAAACAGAUACUGGUUACAGCUUCUGCAUCGUAGUUUUCAAGUGUGAUGUGACAAUGCAUAGUUUUGGUUGAUGACACAGACAAAAAAUCAUUUUAAUAAUUUUAAUUCACAUCCAGAAAUGCCUUGCUGCAUUUAUGAGGUUAAUGGUAAAGUUAAUCAUGUUUUUAUGCAUUUACAUUUUUUCUUGCCAAACAAUUAAAUAUUCCUAAGUAUUAAGGUGCUUGCCAUGUCUGUGCUGCAGAGCAUCUUUAUUGCUGUACAGGAUAUGAGGAACAACUGUGUGGUAAAUGCUUCAGGUUCUCUCUUUUAGUAUGGUAAUAUCUAGAGGAGUGAUAAUUUCAGCCCUGAUUUUUGGUGUUUCUACAAACGAGCUUCAAGGGAGGAUAACAGUGUGGAGGCUCCAUAUAGUCAAGCCAAGUUGAACUUUAUAGUGCCACUAUUUCAGAAUGUUUGUAAAGACUUUGCUAAUGAGUAAGGGCUUCAUUUGAAGUCUUUGAGAGAGAUUUAGAGAGAAUUAACCUACUUGUUGACACUUUAAAUAUAACUGUAUAGCGUAAAAGGACAUUGAGGCCCGGCGGACUGAAAUUAAGGACCUUUGUGGCUCUUUGCAUGUGUCUGUAUUCUGAGAGUGACAGUUUAGAGAAAAUAUGCCUCAUAGAAGUAACUUGCAUAUUACUGGGGUGCCUAAUGGGCUUUGAAGGUCUGGAGCUAUGAAAUACUAGCCUCCCCCUCCUGAUGUUUGAAUAAUACUGGGGUUAUUGUACAGGAAGGGACAUACCAAAUGCAAAGUACAAAUACAGCCCUGAGAAGGGAUGGUAGAAGCAUGUAAAGGCACAUCCUUUUUCAAUGCCAUUGUUUUCUGGAUAAGCAUGUUAAAUCAAGUGAGCAGCCACAAGCUCUUACACUGUGUAGCAGCUUGUGCUGAUUAGAAUCCGAUUGAUCUUUUGGUUCAUUUCAGACAAAAAGAACAUUUAUUCCUGCAGUUAGAAGGUCUCAGGAGCUGGCUUUUCAAAUUCAGUCUCCGCUCCCGUAUUGCUGAGACCUUCAAAACAUAAUAAUACCAACAGAAGUACUUUUUGGAUGCAGCAACUGUAAGAAUGACAAAUAGUAAGAAGGGGGAAAUCUGAGGGAGCUGGAACUGUACCAUCAUUUGCAAGGUUUAGGCACUGUACCCUGCCCAUCAGUUCCAUUCAGAGGAAACCGAGAACAGGGAGUACUCUGCAAUAGGGAUCUCAAGCACAGAUGACCACAGCGCCACAUGAGGAAUGGUAUACUUAUCUGCGGGUGGAUGCUAGACAGAAAUACAUCCCAUUUGUGAAAGACACUGAAAAUUAUGAUUGCAAAAUUGCAAAUAGUCGCAAAAGUAUACUAAGAUUUAGACUAGUGUACAGUGGACAAUCCCCCUUUCUCCAUGAUGCAGUGAUGUUGGAGUUAGUAUGUUUGUAGCAGGGGUAUGUUGUUUUAAGUGUUGCCAGUUUCAUCUUUUGGUAACCAUUUGUAGUAGUUGCAGCCAUGGUUACCUUCAGCAUCUGUUACAAGCCCCAAGACCAUAUGCCAUUACAAGAGAAUUUUAACUUCAGUUUGUUAUCUGUAAGAAAGUGUGUUGGAAAAUGAUCACUUUUCAUUGACAAAUAAAUGGUGCCUUUCGUUUUCAUGAUAUAAAAGCAAAAUGUGUUUAGAAUUGUAUGUAUUGCACAUUUGUCCCAUAUGAGAAAAAGUAAAAAUGUGCAUUUUUACUAUGAAAGGAUUCUAAAAAAAAAAUUGCAUUAGGGAGGCUGUGAAAUUAAAGUAACAAUUUGAAAGCAGA